AUGGCCGACACUUGCCAUUACACGACCUCACCAUCCCCAUCAGUCAAUCCGGUUCUUCCACCCAGAAAUGACAGUACUUUGUCUCCGGUUCAAAAUGCCACGGUGGAUGAGUCCUCGGUUCCUUCAUUACGAACUCUACCAGAUGAUGAUAACAUCACCAACCCGUGUAAUCAAUUUUUUGAAAAGAGGGAAUCAAGUUUGGGUACCCCUGUUCAGAGACUCUCGCAAUCUUCCUUUGGUGGCACGAAUGACAGGACUAGGUUCUUUGGCCGAAGCCACUGGGCUUUGACUCUUGAUAUGUUCCCGGACCUGACAGCUCACUUGCAGCAAUAUCAAGUCAAAAAGGAGGACAUUUCAUCAGAGUUUCGGGAAUAUUUAUCAACAAGACGAAUGAAGCAAGCCAUGAGGCGAGACGAAAUAUUUCACACCCAGAUCGACCAAUCCUUACAACCAACCAAGUUAGAGGAUAUGAUACCUGCGCGGGGCAUUACUGAUCAUUUGGUCAACUUGUACUUUUCUUCCUUCGAAGGCACAUUUCGUGUACUGCAUGUUCCUCAUUUUCUGGCAGAGCUUGACGAGUAUUGGAGAUGUGGUGGGAAGCAUCCUGGUGAUGCUUUUUCUAGUGAAGUGUUUUCGGCGAAGCUUCUGGCAUUGAUGUCAUCCGCAAGCUGCUUCUAUGGGGAGUUAGCUGCUGUCUCGGAGAUGAGCCACCGUUCUUUGAAUCAAAAGGCCAAGAGUUGGAUCCAGGCUGUCGUGCUGUGGAUCAAAUCUAUGACCAGCUACAAUCGACUCCGCCUAGACAUCAUCCAAACAAAGUGCCUGUUGCUGCUUGCUCGACAUUCUAUUGGCUAUGAAGGAGACCUUGCUUGGUUGUCAACAGGAUCUUUGCUACGUGAUGCUGUUACGAUGGGGCUUCAUCGGGACCCUUCGAACUUUCCGGGGGUUUCUCAUUACUGGGCAGAAAUACGCAAAAGACUUUGGUUGACUGUUGUUGAACUUGAACUCCAAGCAGCGCUUUCCAAUGGAACGCCUUUGGCAAUUUCGGAAGAUGAGUUUGAUUGUUGCUUGCCAUCCAAUGUCGAUGAUGAGUGUGUGACGACGAGUUUGUCUUCCAGCCCUCAAUCACAGCCACUCACUGUUUUUACGAGGACCUCUUUCCAGAUAAUUCUUGCCCAAAGUCUAUCCACCCGGUUUCAAAUUGCAAAGGUCGUCAAUCGUGUGCGAUUUACUUUGGAUUAUAAGGAGAUGCUUGAUCUCAGUGAAUCACUCACUAUGGCACUUUCCAACAAUAUGCCGACGUCCCAGAACAGCGGCCUUGAGCAAAACCCAACGCAAGAAUUUAAGUGGUCCUUCCAACAAUCGCUUUCAAGUUUCCUCGUCUACCGCUCACUCCUCGCUCUUCACAGACCAUUCUUUCUUGAUCUCGAAGAGAAGCGAAAUGACAUGUACUUGUAUUCACGAAAGAUAUGCGUUGAAGCCAGUAUGGCUUUGUUGGAUCCACUGAAGUCAUUUCUCGAGGAUCUCGAUGCUGGCCCUGCUCAUUGGAGUCAUUCUUUUAAACCUUCUCUACCUUUCCUUAAAGGUGGGAUGUUUCGAGACGACAUAUUCCACGCCGCUGUAACAAUUUGCUUCGAGCUUCGCCUACAGGCCCAAGAUAAAUCAUUACGUUCCUUGGCAGGCAGUGCCCCGGGGCUACUGGAACAGAUCACACUUCACCAACGCGUCGCUCUCAUCAAAACGGUGGAAAAGGCCAUCAAGUACUUUGAGCUAAAGGUCCGGACGGAAAAGCAGGCUUGCAAGGCGUUUAUGUUCCUUCACAUGGUUUUUACCUCUGCCAAGAACCAGUUGUUGUUGACCAACCGCCAUUUGUUACCCGGCGAUGAACAUCUCGAAAUCAUAUCCCUGGAAGAUGCUUGUCCGACAGCCUCUCGUCUCUGUCGAGAGCUAUUGAUGGCUGAUGGUAGUGAUCUCUCUUUUCAUGGCUCAUCUACUUUAACUGUACGCUUUGAAUCAUGCAACUCUUGA